GUUCUUUUCCGCAUCUCUAACUGGUGGUUCAUUCUGUAACUUUAGCAUUAUUUUCCCCCGGUUUAACCCGCUUGUCGUCUCAGGUAGCAGCUUUUUGUUGGGUGUAAAAGUCGUAGAGGUUCCUUUUUUCUGCUGGUCUGCGGUUCUGGACCUGAAAAGGUUUUGUUUUUCAUGCGGAAGCCACUGGAAGAGGCGGGCUAGCCUCUGGAAGCUAACAGCUGUUUGGGUUUCAGCAGCGGAGAGUCGCUGUCAGGGAGCCGAGCUGCCAAAAGGUGACAGGGAAGAAAACAGGCUUUAACCGGGGGACUGUUCUGUCAUCUGCUGUCUCCACAGUCAGUGACGAUAUUGGGAGCCAUGUCCUACCUGACAGCUUUGCUCUGGGUUUAACUCGUCGCCAGGUUCUAUGACCUUUGACCCCAUUAUCCAGACCGAGGAUGUACCCGCCUCCCAGGAAAGACUUCAUCGCGUUGACCCUGAGCGACCCCCACAGUCACACCUACAACAACGCCAAACACCGGAGACAGUCCUGCUGGAGGAAAUGGAAGCAGCUUUCUCGGCUGCAGCGGAGCCUCAUCCUCUUCCUGCUGGCUCUGCUGCUCGUGUUCGUGCUGCUCUCCUUCUCCAGCGUCGCGGAGCAAUGGAGAGGGCUGUCCAAUAAGGAGGACUGGCUGGAGCUGGGUGACAGAGGUCUGGUUCUCCCGGGUCUGAAUCCGGUUCUGAGGCCGGUUGAAGGCAGAGGUCCGGUAGCCGGGCCCCAUGCGGAGCCAGCUGAAGACCCGAUGGAGCCCAGAGAACCAAACAUCCCUGUUUUGGCUCGGCCGCCCACCAAGAGGAAGCCAUUUUUCAACAACAGAGCUCCACCAAACUCCCGAAAAGAUGAAAAUGCUUUGGACACGGUGAGCGACGCAAAGCAGAACCAGGAAGUGGUUCGGGAAGAAGCUGGCGAGGAAAAGGAGGAGGAGAAGAAAAUUAUCAGCUGGAGAGGAGCGGUGAUCGAAGCCGAGCCGGCCACAGAACCUCCAUCCAAUCAGAAAGAAGCCGUGGAGCCUCGAGCGCCGGCCGGACCUGCAGCCUCCGUCCAUCAGCAAGUUACCUCUGGAGCGGCGGAGCGUCUGGAGGCCGUCCGUGAUGCCUUCAGGCACGCUUGGAAAGCCUACCGGGAACACGCCUGGGGUCACGAUGAGCUCAAACCCAUUUCCAAGUCAUUCAGCGAAUGGUUCGGUUUGGGCCUGACGCUCAUCGACUCUCUGGACACCAUGUGGAUUAUGGGCCUGAAAGAAGAAUUUGCUGAAGCCAGAAACUGGGUGGAGAAAGAGCUUUCAUUUGACAAGAACGUGGACGUGAAUCUUUUUGAGACCACUAUUCGGAUUCUGGGCGGACUGCUGAGCUGCUACCACCUGACGGGAGACCAGCUCUUCUUUGAUAAAGCUAAAGAUCUGGGCUCCCGACUGAUGCCAGCCUUCAAGACGCCAUCAAAGAUCCCGUUUUCAGACGUCAACAUCGGGAAGGGGACGGCGCACCCGCCGCGGUGGACGUCAGACAGUACGGUGGCCGAGGUCACCAGCAUUCAGCUGGAGUUCAGGGAGCUGAGCCACCUCACCCAGGACCCCCAGUACCAGGACGCCGUGAAUGAGGUGAUGCGGCUGGUCCACAAGCUGCCAGGAAAACACGAUGGCUUGGUUCCCAUGUUCAUCAACACCAACAGCGGCCAGUUCUCCCAUAAAGGCGUGUUCACGCUGGGCGCGCGGGCCGACAGCUACUACGAAUACCUGCUGAAGCAGUGGAUCCAGGGCGGGAAGACCGAAGACGAGCUGCUGGAGGAUUACCUGCAGGCGGUGGAAGGAGUGAAGAAGCACCUGUUGAGGCAGACCGGACCCGGCAGGCUUACCUUCAUCGGGGAACUCUCCCACAACCGCUUCAACCCCAAAAUGGACCACCUGGUCUGCUUCCUGCCGGGGACUCUGGCUCUGGGGGCGCACAACGGCCUGCCGCCGGACCACAUGGACCUGGCCCAGCAGCUGAUGGAGACCUGCCACCAGAUGUACAAGCAGAUGGAGACGGGCCUCAGCCCAGAGAUCGCUCACUUCAACAUGCAGGGCAGCGAAGGCCAGGAUGUUUCUGUGAAGCCUGCCGACAGACACAACCUGCUGCGCCCGGAGACGGUGGAGAGCCUGUUCUACAUGUACCGCUUCACCAAGGAUGCCAAGUACAGAGACUGGGGCUGGGACAUCCUGCAGAGCUUCAACGCCUACACCAAGGUCCCCGGCGGCGGCUACACGUCCAUCAACAACGUCCGUGACCCCGCUAACCCCGGCCCCCGGGACAAGAUGGAGAGCUUCUUCCUGGGCGAGACGCUGAAGUACCUCUACCUGUUGUUCUCCGACGACGAGGAGCUGCUCCGUCUAGACAAGUACGUCUUCAACACCGAGGCUCACCCUCUGCCCAUUUGGCCGUCUCCGCCCAAAUGAAACUCGGAGAACCACAAGGUCCGGGUUUCGGCCUCCUUUAUUUUUCCUAAGGAAAAGGUUUCAUAUCUGAGCUGAACUCGGAUCAGAACACUUUGUUACGACUCGAUUAUCGGUUAAUGACUGUAUAUUUUCUAAUUGUGGGUUAUUAUAUGAGGCGGAAAUCACUCAUUAGUGCUAUUUAAUGUCUGACUCGUACAUUUAGUGCUGAUUUAUCACAUCUGUGGGUAAAUUAUGGAGAUGUUUAAUCAAUGAAUGACUCAAGCUGACGUUCUUAAUGAUCCAGGUUCUUCAAUGAAUGUAGUUUAUUUUCUUUCCGGGUUAAUUUAUGUUUAUUUAUUCGGGUUUCAUGGAUGUUCCUGUUUUUAUGUUACUUGAAAAUUCACUUUAUAUGACAUGAAGGUUUUAUUAAACUGUCUGGACCUGAGAUGGACUGGCAAUCAACUCUGACCUGGAAGAAACUUGUAUAGAAAAUAUUGUUGAAGGUUCAAUAGAGGAAAAAAUAAUUUUUCCUCCAACAAAGUGUUACGACUAUCGUAUGUUGAGAUUUUUCACAGAAAUUUUCGCAAAAACCAACAAAUCCCUGCAUUUUUGUGAUUGUGAUUUUAUUGCAAAUUUUACAGAGAAAUUGUCAGUCAUUGUAUUAAAAUUGUACAAACUCCCA